GUCAUUCGACGAGAAUCGAGCGCGUCGGACGCGCGAUUGAGUCUUCGGUUACGAAUUAAACUUUAAACACUUAAAGUUAUUGUGAUUACUUUAUAAUGAUUAAGACCCUGUGCGCUCUGCUGAUAGCACUGGCCGUACCAAGCCGUCCCCAACAGCAAGAAGUUCCGAUAUCCCCCUGUCCUAACGUGUUCCAGUAUGAGCCACCUGGCACUGAGCCGGGACGGUGGUACGGCAACGUUAACCUAUCCACCGAUAGCACCUUGCAUUCCUUGUGGCUUAAUAUUGUGUUGGAUAGAAAGGCAGAUAUUUUGGGAAACUGGAUCGGUGACGUAACAACAACAGAUAAUAUAGACUUCAAGAUAGAAAACACGAAGAUGAUGAUCCAUCCUGGGCCGGCUUUGGCCGUGCGUUUUUUCGUCCAAUAUAACACGUUGAAUCCGCCCACGCCGAAACUGAAGGCCAUCAGGUUGAACGGCAGGGAGAUAUGUAACGCCGACAACCCACUGCCGGCUGUAGGAAGGCCGGAGCCAGGCACUGUCACUACGCCUGUAAGGCCGAAGCCACCGACAGAUCAGCAAGAGUACCCUGUUUUCAAACACCCUGUGAAUUCGCCCAGUCCAUCAGAUAUUGGUGGUGGGGAAUCGCCACCUACGAACAACUUCCAGAUUGUGACUCGGCCUCCAGCGAGGCUCACACCACGACCGACGCGACCGGCCACGAGACCACGCCCACGGCCUCAACCAGAAGACGACGAUAAUAACAGUGGCGACAGAAGAGAUGAAGUUUUCCAAGGUGGUCUACCCACGUUCAUCAUUCCAGAUAGAGGGAGCCCGUCUAGACCCUCGUUCUUCGGAGAAGGGAACAAAGAACAGGAACAGUGCGGCAAGGUGAUGCGGCAGAACCCUAACCCGCUGGUGGUGGGAGGUUCACCAACUUACGAGGGCGAGUGGCCCUGGCAGAUAGCCUUGUACCAAUCCCAGACUGUGGACAACAAAUACAUAUGCGGUGGUACAUUAGUGUCCCACCAGCACGUGGUGACGGCCGCCCACUGCGUCACGCUGAAGGGUUCCAACCGGGUCACAAACAAGAACACCCUAACCGUGUACCUCGGGAAACAUAACCUGAGGACCUCGGUGGAAGGAGUGCAGAUAAGACUGGUGUCCAACAUACUGAAACACCCCGAGUACAACGCGUCGUCGUACCAACGCGACCUCGCGAUCCUCGAGCUGAGGGAACGGGUCUCCUACACCGAGUGGGUGCAGCCCGCGUGCCUGUGGCCCGACAAUGACGUCACGCUCAGCAGCAUCGUCGGCAAACGAGGAUCCGUGGUGGGAUGGGGUUUCGACGACACAGGUGUGGCGACUGAGGAGUUGAGCCUCGUGGAGAUGCCCGUCGUCGACACGGAGACUUGCAUCAGGUCAUACAGCGAGUUCUUCGUUAGAUUCACAUCUGAAUACACAUACUGCGCUGGCUACAAGAAUGGCACAUCGGUUUGUAACGGCGAUAGCGGCGGCGGCAUGGUUUUCCGUAUCGGCGACGCGUGGUACUUGCGCGGUAUAGUGUCGCUCUCUGUCGCGCGACAAAACGAAUACCGCUGCGACCCGUCACACUACGUCGUGUUCACCGAUGUCGCCAAAUUCCUGCCCUGGAUCCGACAGAAUAUCGUCUAGAUCUCCGCCAUUAUUGUGGCAGCCAUUUUAUUUAGGAUUAUUAUUAUUUAAGUUAACAUGACGUUAGAGCAGCUUACUUUAUACUUUUAAGAAAAUAAUGAAUGUAUAUAUUUUAUUUAACUGGAUUCAUUGUAUCGAAUUAUUUUUACUCUAUUCGAAUAGAAAAGUGCGAAAUUGACUAGUAUUUGUACGAGCAAAAGAUGCAAUUUUGUCGACGUCGCGCAAAAUUGGCGAUGCGGUCUCUUACCUCACUUUGAUCACUGAUCACAUUUCUGUGACUAAGCUCUUUAAGGCCCAUCGUAUAAUUAUUUUUGAGCUCGCACAAUGACCUACGACCAUCGAUUAGAUAAAACAUUAAACAGAUUAGCGUGUUUAGUCUUGUCGUACGACGAAAUCGCAGCGUUUGCUUAUAGAUAGAACUAAUUAGUACUUACUCCUACAUUAAUUUAUAAGCUCUUCAACCAUGUAUGCUUGUAACACGAUAGCUUUUCAGCAAUUAUUAUUGGACGCAUUAAUUAUAUUCUGACAUAAUUUUUAAUAAAAGCCAUAAUUUUAUAAUAAAGCUCUCUAAAAAUGUCAAAAACAAACAGAUAAUAGUUUUAUAGACUAUGUAAAACUGGAGACUGAACUUAUGAUGCGAUCUUCUUUGUCAAGUCUGACCAAUAAAUUACUUU